AACUAAAUUAAUAAACAAAUAUAAUUAAAUAAAUGCUUAACGUUUGUAGAUAGAAUAUAUACAACAGGAAAGACUAUACCACAGAAUACUAAAGACAGCAGACACAGAAUGGACAAACUUGUGGCAUUUGAAUGAAGACGUGUAUCCUUCAAUGCAAGUUGGUGAGGCUUGGAGUGCUAGAUACAACGGAAGUGGUAUAACGGUUGCAAUACUCGAUGACGGUUUACAGACAAAUCAUACGGAUCUAGACGCAAACGUGGACAAACUUAAUGACUAUGACUAUCAGGAUUGGGACGACUCUCCAAUGCCUCCAAAUGGAAGCAGUCAUGGUACAAAUGUGGCAGGUUUGAUAGCGGCAGAAAGAGAUAACAAUGAUUGUAUUGUAGGAGUGGCAUACGCUUGUAAAAUAAUAGGUGUACGACUAAUUGGUAGUAAUGGAAUUACAGAUUCACAAGAGGCACAGGCUCUUAGUCAUUGUAUUGAUAAAGUAGACAUAUAUUCUAACAGUUGGGGACCAACUGAUGGGUAUGGUUUUUGGGAUCCCGGAGUUUUGACUAAAUCUGCAAUACAAGAAGGAGUUACAAAUGGUAGAAAUGGAAAAGGCGUCAUUUACACGUGGGCAGCUGGCAACGGUGGGCCACAAGAUAAUUGUAACGCCGAUGGAUAUGUAAACAGCAUCUAUACUAUAGGAAUAACAAGUGUACAACAAGGACAAAAUGCAUGGUACUCAGAAGUCUGCGCAGCCGCACUUGCCGCAACAUAUGGCGGGAGUGAGCAAGAUAGAUAUUUGAUCACAACAUCUAUAUUUUCAGAGUGUUCUGAGGACAAUGUUCAAGGAACUUCGUUUUCCACACCGAUUGCAACUGGGAUUAUUGCGCUCGCCUUACAAGCCAAUCCAGACUUAACAUGGAGAGACAUUCAACAUCUUAUUGUAUUUACAUCAUCCAGGAAUGGUUUUAACGAUACUAUUGGUGAUUGGGCAACAAACGGGGCCAACAAAGAAUUCAGUUUGGUACUAGGAUUUGGUUUAAUGAACGCCAUUGCUAUGGUAACACAAGCUCAAUCUUGGACUACAGUACCGGCUCAACAGACAUAUACUACUAUAACAAGAAAUCCAUCUUUGAAAACAUCCGGUGAAGCGCUUUCAACAGACAAGAUAGAAGUGACAACUGAUUGUCCAAUUAGAUUCCUUGAACACGUGACUAUUGAUAUCACAUUUUCCUACAGUAGUUACCGUGGUGUGACGGAAAUUUUCUUAUUAUCACCUAGUGCUACUUACAGUAAUUUACUACAUGUAAGGAUCAAUGACGCUAAUAAAUUCGUUGACGCAGGUUCACUUUCAUGGACUUUUAUGUCAGUGCAUUUUUGGUGGGAAAACCCAAUCGGAUCAUGGAACUUAUAUUUCGGAUCAGCUGGUGGUCAUUCUGUUGUGACAUUAGAUUCAUGGUCUUUGACUUUAUAUGGAACCACUACGCAACCUGUAAAUGUUACAUUGUCCGAUACCCAAAACACAGAUAAACCAACUUCUGGGCCAGAUUCGACGGCCAGACAGUCUAGUACAAAGACACUGAAUGGGAUAUUUUCAACAGUCACCAAAGUACAAGACAGCACUAAUCAUAAAACAAGUGGAACAGAAACUGCACCUUUAAAAGAUAACACAGAAAGUUAUGAUGAAAGUAAAUAUAUCGUUUGGAUCAUAAUUGGUGUUGUUUGCCUGAUUGCUGUAGGCGGAAUAAUUCCUGUUGUUUUGAUAUGCAUAAAGAAAUGUUCUCCGCCGAAAAAAGUAGGUCAGACACCAAAAUUAGUGUCACCAAAUAAGCAGAGAAAAUCAAACAAUAUCCCACCAAUCAGAACUACUAAUGAAAACAAAUCGAACAAUAUUCCACCGGUCAGUAAUAGCGAGCAGAUAAAUUCCAACAAGCUUCAACCAAACAGCAAUAUAAAAGAAGGACAUUUAUAUAAUCUGCCACCAAGCAGCAUUAAUAAGGAGAGAAAUUCAGAACAUUUUCCACCAAAUAGCAAUAAGAAUGAGCGAACUUCAAACCAUCUUCCACCAAUCAGCAAUGAGAAGAAGAAAGUUCAACCAAUCAAAGAUUUAGGACAGCCAACUACGUCAACCUUAUUGCCUCUUACAAAGAAUCGAGACAAGCUUCCAUCGAUUAGUAAAUUUCCUCUAAAUGGUUCUCAUAAUGAUAAAAUAACAGCGUAGUCAUCGCCGAAUUAAAAUGAUUUUUGUCUUUCAUUUAUUUAUAUAUCAUAUAUAUCUUACAGCCUAAUGUUGGAAAAUUACAACAUGUGUCCUCCAGUCGCUACUUUCGUACUAUAUUCGAAUCCACAGCGACCGAAAAACAAUCGGAAAAAUUGGUCAGUCCUUAACUUUGAUAUUAUUCUUUUUAUUGUUCUCUAUUUGUUCAUUCUUGCCUAGUUAUGGCAAUAAAUGGUUAAUAAUUAG